GAGUUAAAAAAGUAUGAGUCGACCAAGACCAAAGAUCACUGAACCACUGUGACUGAACUUGACUUUUGAGUCGACAACUGAAUUAUGUCAACCCUUAGACCAGUUAUAGAAUUAGAAAUAGACCAGUUAUAAUAAUUAUUCUAUUACUGGUCUAAGGUUGGCACAGUAUGUUGGCUUCAUCGACUUUCAGUAUGAAUAUACAAUGAGCCAUGUCUAUUCUAGCCGUGUCAACCGAACAUUAUAAUAUUAUUAUUUAUAUACAAAUGUAGUCGAUGUUUUGUAAAGAUACAUCGGUGAUACAUCGAUCAUCGAUAUGCUGCUCUUGGCCGCCGCAUGGGAAUCAUGGAAUUAGGAUCAUGCCUGUGGGACGUCAAGAAGUUUUGCGUCUCUACAAAGAUCUUUUGAAGUAUGGACAGAAUUUAAAAUUCACCGACAAAAGCUACUUUGAAAGUCGAAUCAAAUCUGAGUUUAGAAAACACAAAUCUCUUGAGAAACCAAGUGAUAAACAAUUUCAUUUUGAGAGAGGCCAGCAAAUAUUAAUCAAAGCACGAAUCCUGUGACCUGAAAAAUGAUGAGUAAUCUACUAAGAGUACUCACAAACGUGCAGUCAAGACAUCUUUCGACCACUCGGCUGUUGUUGAAGAAAGGAAUCGACUACUCUAAGGUGCCAACUCUCGAUGAAGACGACUUGGAGGAGCAGUUUGUGAGGGGCAGUGGGCCGGGAGGACAAUCGGUUAAUAAGACCAAUAAUUGCGUCGUUAUCAAGCAUAAACCUACUGGAAUUGUGUCGAAAUGCCACGAUUCGAGGUCGCAGAGUGAAAAUCGCAAACUGGCCCGACAGAAGUUGAUCACGCAGCUGGACAAUCUGCUGAACAAGGAGAUGUCCAUCGAAGCACAAACCAGCAGACUGCUCAAAAGCAAAGCGAUAAAAGAGGACAAAAAGAAAGAGAAACUGAGAUUGCUGAAAGCCCAGUGGAAAGAGAGAGAAGGCAUAACCUAGUAGUUAUAGUGAAUAGCUAAUUUAAUAAUUGUAAAAAUUAUAUUGUUUGUUUUGUAAAUAAAUAAGCGUUUUGUUUAA